GAUGGCGUGACUGUCGGCGGCGCGCGCUCCGUGAUCCCAGCUGCUGUCAGUGUGAGGAAGGUUCUCGACCCCCACCCAAACGGCACCCAUUCCUUCUCUCCACAGACGCUGCCCGUCCCGCUAAGUUACUCCAGCAUUUUGUGUCUAUUCUCGGUGUAAAACCGCAUCUGCCGUGGUGAUGGCUGAGGACGGCAACAUUGCGCGGGUUACCUGCACGGCUCCGGUGAAUAUUGCUGUGAUCAAAUACUGGGGGAAACGAAAUGCAGACUUGAUUUUACCAAUUAAUUCAUCGCUGAGUGUAACUUUACAUCAAGAUCAGUUGAAAAGUACAACGACAGUUGGUGCAAGUCGACAUUUCAAGGAGGACAGAAUAUGGAUAAAUGGAAAAGAGGAGAAUAUCGGAAACCCAAGGCUGCAGACUUGCUUACGAGAAGUCCGUCGUCUGGCAAGAAAAAGAAGAAACAGUGGUGAUGAAAAUUCCAACACCUUAACUCUCAACCAUAAAGUUCAUAUCUGCUCUGUAAAUAACUUCCCCACAGCAGCUGGGCUGGCAUCCUCUGCAGCUGGUUAUGCUUGCCUGGUGUAUGCACUUGCCAAGCUGUAUGGUUUAGAAGGGGAGCUAUCAGAGAUUGCUCGCCAGGGCUCGGGAAGUGCAUGUAGAAGCAUGUAUGGAGGGUUUGUUCAGUGGAUUAUGGGAGUGAAAGAAGAUGGAAGUGAUAGCAUCGCUCAGCAGAUUGAACCAGAAACACACUGGCCUGAGCUUCGACUUCUUGUAUUAGUGGUUAAUGCAGAGCAAAAGGUGGUUAGUAGUACUGCUGGGAUGCAAACUACUGUCAAGACGAGUCCUCUACUGAAGUAUCGUGCUGAAAUUGUUCCAAAACGAAUGAUGGAAAUGAGUGAAGCGAUCAAACAACGAGAUUUUGAAAAGUUUGCUCAGUUAACCAUGAAGGACAGCAACCAGUUUCAUGCUACGUGUCUUGAUACCUUUCCACCAAUCUUCUAUCUGAAUGAAAUUUCCAAAUGUAUCAUUAAUUUGGUACAUAGAUAUAACUCUCACUUUGAUGAGACACUGGUAGCAUACACGUUUGAUGCUGGCCCCAAUGCAGUCAUUUUCACACUCGAGCAGCAAGUGGAUAAGUUUGUUGAAGUUGUGAAGCAUUAUUUUCCUCCGGAAGAAAAUGGUGAACAGUUCCUGAAAGGUUUGCCUGUAAAUCCAGUCCCUCUAUCAGAGCCACUGAAGUCGAGCAUCCGCAUGGAUCCAAUUAAGGGUGGCAUUCGAUACAUCAUUAAUACUCAAGCAGGACCAGGGCCACAGUUGAUAGAAGACAUCAACCACCAUCUCAUUGGAGAAGAUGGACUUGCCAAGCAAUAGUGACUGAACGACAGUUUUUUGCAAAAAGUGGACAAGUUGCAAGACGUUCAUGUUAACUAACAAUCUUGACCUGUAUGUAUGAUAUAACUUGUAUGUUCAAGAUGCAGUCACUGCUUUUAGUCUGUAUCAACAAAAUACAAAUGGUGCUUGGAUACAGUCCUAACACGGUGUAUAGGUGGAAAUGUGAAGUAUGGUUUUCAAUAUAUUGUUCAUCAACUCAUUCCCCUUAGAACUCACAGCCUAUUAUUAUAAUUUAAAAUUUGUAUUCCCGAAUCCUGGUCAUAUCCACUAGUUAAAAUAAAGAGCACAAAAUCGCUGCUAGUACAGCAAUAAUAACUGCUGUGUAUAUUCAGCAAUAUCUUUAUCCAAAACUUUCUAAUGUAACCUAAUGAAAUCCCAGUCAAUAUUCUUACUAGAACUAAUCAUUUGCUCCCAAUCAAAUUCAGGAUGUAGAAUUUGUAAUUAGUGUUUCACUCGGGUGAAUUCUGCUGAUGUGCAAAACGAUAAGCUGCACAUCUGAAAAAUCACUUGGCUUUAACAAGUAGAAACAUAGAAAUUAGGUGCAGGAGUAGGCCAUUCGGCCCUUCGAGCCUGCACCGCCAUUUAAUAUGAUCAUGGCUGAUCAUCCAACUCAGUAUCCCGUACCUGCCUUCUCUCCAUACCCUCUGAUUCCCUUGGCCACAAGGGCCACAUCUAACUCCCUCUUAAAUAUAGCCAAUGAACUGGCCUCAACUACCCUCUGUGGCAGAGAGUUCCAGAGAUUCACCACUCAGAGAUUCACCAAAGUAGUGUAACAUCCCUGUGUCUAAUUAGUUAACUACUGUAUUUCCUUUACAUGCACAUUGUAAUAACUGAUAAACUGCAGAAUUUGCAAUUGCAACUGUAAAUGCAGUAGAUUUUGCUUUUUUCAAAAAGUUAAAUUGGUCAUGUGUGCAAUCAGAAUAAUACUUUUUCCCAAAGAACAUACAACAUUUAUUAAAUAUAUUAACACUUUUUCCCAAAAAACAUACAAAAUUUAUUAAAAGAGAAUAUUUUGAAAUAGUAUUACUGACUUAAAUCCAAAUCUAAUGGUACAUUUGUAGGAAAAGCUGUGCUUGCGGAGGUGAACAUUGUUAUUCAAGCACAUGUUUAAUGGCAAAGUUGGCAAAUUGGUUAUCUAUGCCCGUUUUUUUUUAUUGUACACUUUCUCAGGAUUAUUGGCAUUUUAUAUUUAUUAUUUCUGGUUAUUUACAAAUAAAUGGUUUUAUUUGCCGUGCUUUCUUUCCCACCCACCAGCCAAUAAUCAGUCCAUUUGAUGAGGUGGGAUGGGCGUCAAUAUAUGCAAUUUGAGUUCAUAUUCUGAUUUACUUGGGGCUUUCAAAAUUAUUUACCUCUUUUAUUUUGUGUAAGGUGAUUUAUAGUGGUGAGCCAACAUUCUACCGUGAACUAUAAAACGUUGUUAUUUUGGAUACUUUUGCUGAUUUUGUAUAUAUCUGUUUGUGCUAGAUCCAAUUUUGGAGCAGCUGUACAUGCCAAACAGUAUUUAAAUAAACCAUGCAAUGCAGAAGUUACAGUGAGGAAAAA